CAUGGAGUACCAUGCCUUUGGAAUCAUUAGCGAAGGCCGGAAAUCCGGGCAUCAUUAUGAUCUGCGGAGUUCAAGGUGACUUUACGAAGGAUAUUGUUACUCAUCCACCCAAAACCGUGUGGACUAGGGAGCUGAAGUUUACUGGUGUUGGGCAAGCCUCUGCGAUGGUUAAUAAAGGGAUCCGUAUCUGCACUGGUACUGGUAUUGGCGCAGCGCUGUCAACCUGCAUCCAGAACCCUAAUUGGUUCCUCAUUUGGAUAGGUUCUGAUCAAGAGAAAACUUUUGGACCAACAGUAACGGGUUUGAUUCGCAAACAUAUUGAGCCUGAAAGAAUGAUUCUCUAGGACUCAAGGAAACAAGGAGGGCGACCAGAUACUAUGGAACUACUCAAAGCCACGUGGGCGAGUUUUGGAGCUGAGGUCAUCUUCAUUACUUCCAACAUGCAGGGGAAUGAUGAGAUGAUGCAAGGGUAUCGUGAAGCUGGACUACACGCAUUUGGCACGCUUUGGGACUUCUGAUAGUUUA